CGCUGCGCAUGUGCAUCAAUCCCUAGCGAUACGAUUUUUCUGUCGCGAUAUACCGAUUUCCACAGGGACGGGCUCCACCAACACGCCCCUGAGACAACUCGCGGCCCACGACUCGGAGAAUAAUUUAGCGAAUGCAGUCAGGCAGCAAAGCGACCAGCCCAUCACCAGGCCGACCAGUCAACUGCUAGCUACCCAACUUGCGCACAUGCACCGCCCGUCCUCUCACCACACGCACUCCACGUCACACCCGAGCAUCGACUCGACGACUACACCACCACCACUCCUCACAGCCCGCCAUGGCUGAAGCCGAGGAAUUCUCGCAGCUGCCGCUGCUGGAACAGUUCCAGCACAAGAACUGGAAAGCUCGCAAGGGCGGCUAUGAAACCGCAGCAAAGGAGUUCAAGACUGCACAGCCGAGCAGCGAUAUUGUCAAAGACUUCACAUAUGAUCAUGGCGUCUGGAAGAACGCAGUGGGCGAUGCGAAUGCUGCAGCGCAACAAGAAGCCCUGCUCGCUUAUAAUGCGUUCUUGGACGCCGCGGGCACUGAUGGUGCGCGCAAGACAAGGAGCCAGACUGUACAACCAGCGGUGGAGAAGGGUUUGACAGGACGACCCGCAGCCAAGGCAGCCGCGCUCGAGACGAUAUUGUUGCUGAUCGAGCUGGACAAGCCGGAGCCGAUCGUUGAAGAGCUGCUGCCAUUUCUGUCGCACAAGACACCCAAGAUGAUCAUUGCUGCGCUGUCGGCGCUCAAGGAAAUCUACCAUGCAUACGGGUGUAAGACUGUCGAGCCGAAACCGGUUCUGAAGCUGAUGCCCAAGAUGUACGGACACGCGAAUAAGGAUGUGCGAGCAGAGGCGCAAGCGCUCACUGUAGAGCUGUAUAGAUGGUUACGCGAACCCAUGAAGCCACUGUUCUGGGGCGAUUUGAAAGACGUACAGCAGAAGGAUCUAGACAAGCUGUUCGAGCCUGUGCAAGCAGAGCCAGCGCCGCAACAAGAGCGUUUACUGCGAUCACAACAGGCGGCUAAGGAGCGUCAAGUCGAAGCUGCCGCUACUGCAGGUGGAGAAGAAGAGGACAUGGAGGAAGAGGCGGCAAUUGACCUGGAGCCAGAGUUCGAAGCUGUGGAUGUGGCCAAGAAGCUGCCCGACGACUUCAAUGACCGAAUAGGGAGCUCAAAGUGGAAGGACAGAAAAGAGGUCAUGGACGAGGUAUUUGCACUCGUCAAUGUGCCAGCGAUACAGGAAGGCUACUUUGAUGAUGUAAUUCGAGGAUGCGCGAAGAGCAUGAAAGACGCAAACAUCGCUGUGGUCACAGUGGCCGCAAAUGUGGUGGAGUGUUUGGCCAAAGGCCUCAAGAAAGCAUUUGGCAAGUACAGGAGCCAGGUUCUCUCGUCGAUGCUGGAGCGGUUGAAGGAGAAGAAGCCUACAGUCACUGACGCGCUUGGAGCUGCUUGUGAUGCUGUCUUCGCCGCGACCAGCCUGGGUGACAUUCAAGCAGAUGUCCUUGAGGCGCUCAAAAACAAGAAUCCGCAGAUCAAGGAGAACAGCGCCAAGUUCAUGGCGCGAGCACUGAAGACGACGCGGGAGCCUCCCUCGCUUGAGCAAACGAAAGAGAUCGCCGAAGGAUGCAAGAAGCUGUUGACGGAAAGCGCUGCUCCUCUCAGAGACGCUGGCGCGGAAGUUCUUGGUAUCAUGUGGAAGAUCAUGGGCGAUCGGAACAUGCUGGCACAUCUUGAAGGUCUUGACGACAUUCGCAAAACGAAGAUUACAGAGAUGCGUGAUGCUGCAGAAGUUCGUGCCAAAUGGAAGCCAAAGGCAGCGCCCGCACCAAAAGCCGCCGCUCCCGCUGCAGGGAAGAAGCCUGCGCCUGGAACGCGAAGACCUGUCCCAGGUGGAGUCAAGAAGGCGCCUCCGAAGUCGGCUAGUCCCCCCUUCACGGAUGAUGCCCCCAUGCAACCACGACCUACAAGCAAACCGGGCCUCAAGCCACCGGGUGGGCUGCGAGCUCCAGGUGGCAUCAAGCCCCCGAGCUCUGGCUACGGCGUGGAUCGGGGAAAGCUUCCGGCGUCGUCUCUUGCAUCUCCCAAGCGCCAGGGCGUCAUUCUGGACGAGCCUCCACAGGCGCCUGCCACUCCCCGGGCUGGGCUGGGCCGUGGCCUGGCUGGGAGGCCACUGGCAAAACCAUCCGCUGCACCGGUCUCACCUCCUACGCAACGCAAUCACGAUCCGGCAUCUUCAGCUCUCAGCGCAAUAGAACGCCAGGAGUUAACAGAUCUCCGAGCUGAAGUAGACCUCGUCCGUGACCAAGCCUCGACUCUGCGCAAUGAGAAGCUCAAACUGUCGUCCCAAGUUUCAGAGCUCCAGGUGCAGAAUGCACAGUUGAUUGAGGAUCAUACACGUGAUGUGCUACAGAUCAAAGCCAAGGAGACACAGUUAGUACGCGCUCGCUCUGAUGCCGAAAGCUCCGAGGAUCGCGCCAACAGUCUUUCAAGAGAGAUUGACAGACUGAAGCGCGAGAUUGCCAGACUCGGUCGACAACACGCUGGGAGAGACAGCCCUGUGGAUGGCCUCAAUGGCGGAGGACCCACGUCCCCGCCUCCGCGGCCCGGUUAUGGUACGCAGAGGACAUAUAAUAUGCCCAGCUCGCGCGCGUACAGCAAUAUUGACCCCAAUCAUGGCUACUCGAAUGGAGGAGAUGGUGCAGAGCGACCGAGCUCGAGAGCAUUAUCCGGCGGAUCGAGUGGACGGGCGACGCCCAAUGGCGACGGCGCGAGCAGUCUGCGAGGAAGUCAACUGGGCGGAGAAGGUGUCGAAAGCUGGAGAAGAGCAGCAGAGGUCACCCAAAACCUCAAAGCAAGAAUAGAGAUGAUGAAGGCUCGCCAGAAUAUUGGACGUGGACAAUAGAACGGUCCCAGCAGCGACGUCGGGACCUCGAGAUUCGCAUCGAUCCCAGGCCCACCACGAGCAGCGCCAGCUGACCCACCAGGACUGCAUAUUGAGGCAGAUUCUGACGACGAGACGCUUAAUGAACGGAGAGGACCAAUUCUCCAAAAGCAACGGAAGAAAGCUCUGGCGGGAAAAGAUGUUAUUGCGUCUGCCGACAGUGGCAGUAGCCUCGACCCCUGCUUCGACGAGGACACCAAGCAUAAGAGCGGCUCUCCUCAACACGCUCGUGGUAGAAUUGACUCUGCGCCGAUUUGCUCAUGAUUGCAACAACUCUCCUCCGCGAACAUUGAUUGCAAACCCGAUCCGGCAGGACCUUUCGUAGACUCACCUUUUUUUUAUUCGGGUACGGCACUUCCCGUAAAGAACCUCAUGAUCACGAUGGCGCGAGCAUGAGCAAUAAUGGCAUACUUUGGGCGAUUGAUGCAUACAAGGGGUGAUACCAAGGAGGUAUUUGGGGCGCACAUCGGAUGGACAAAUGUUGUCCUGCCGAGGUACGAUUGCUCGAUGGAAGAGAGGUACAGCUCGGUAUUUUCCCCCAUGGGCACUAGGUAGUAGUAAGGUAGUAGUAGUAGUCCGGCAGAUGGCCGGCGUAGUGCUGAAUCAC